GCUAAGCUCAGGGCUUGUCAGCGUUAGGUUGAAUAAUUCGAAUGUCCUUGAUCAAUGAAACUCAUUUCCCGACUGGCCGGUCUGAUCUCUCUGGCUCAUCAACGACGUCGAACGCAAAGUCUCGGCGGCCCAGGAACGGUUAUGCGCACAAACAUGCAGGCGACUGCGGAAGAUCACAGCUUCGCCAGCAGCUACAUGGAGCUUUGCAAGAAGCAGCGGCUCAGGCCACUGCCGAUGAUCUGCGUCACUUUGCCCUACUCGCUCGACUUUACGACCGACCGCGUUAAAAUGGACGACUGGAAGCCCAUCCUAAAUUCCCUGUCAUUCGAUCGUACGCUCAGAUCAAUAAGCGUGCGCAGCAAGUUCCAGUGCCGCAAAUGGCUGGACCAGGCCAACUCGGAGCCGAAGGCGCGCACGGUCGGCAAGGCCCCGGUCGUCUUGACGCGUUAUCUCCUCGAGUGGCUGUCCCAUAGCCUCGGCCAGUGUCUCCGAUACUCCUCGGCCCUUACGACCCUCGAGCUCGAAGGCGUGCCCAUGCCCGAGGACUGCCUCGUCGCCCUCUGCGUCGGCCUCAGCAACACCAAGUCCCUCCAGCAUCUUUCGCUUCAACGAUGCUACAUCGGCGACGCCGGCUGCGAGGUGAUCUGCAGGGCGAUCGCCGACAUCCCGAGCGUCAAGUGCCUCAAUCUCUCGCAGUGCGAUCUCGGUCCUGGGGCCGGGCCCGUGCUCGCCUCGGCCCUCUCCCGCCAAAAGCUCAACCUCUAUCACGACGCGUGGAAGGAGUCGCUGAGAUACCGCGAGCCCAAGCUCGAGAGCAUGCCGGGACUGCGCAGGCUCACGCUCAACGGCAACUACAAGCUCGGCAAUGAGGCCGCCAUCGGUAUCAUUGAGGCGAUCGGGGACAGCCUCUGGUUCAAGGCGUUGGAUCUCCAGCAGUGCGGCCUCAAUCACGAGAUAGCCAAGGUCGUGAUCGAUCUCCUCGAGCACAACAAGACCAUUGUUAUCGUGGACGUGCGACUGAACUCGGGCCUGCGCGAUGAGUCGCUCGGCGAGAUAAUGAAGCUCCUGGACCGGAAUAAUCUGCGCAGCGAGAACGAGUACAGAUGGCUGAGUAUCCCACAGAAGGAGAGAGGCGGCGUAAAGCGCGUCUCCUCGGCCACGAGUUUUCACAAGCAGAAGCAGCUGGAGCAGGAUAGCAGACCGGGGCCAAUGAGGUCGAAGAGCGCGAUGAUUAGGCAGGUGAAGAGGCCGAUCGCACCCAUCAUAUUCAGGAAGGCGCUCACGCCUGUGCCCCAGAUACUUAAGGGAAUGAAGUCGAAGUCGUUGCCGAUGUUCGAGAAGCAGCGCGUUUGUAGGCAGCCGAUGAAGCCGCUAGAGCGCACGCAGCCACGUCAGGUCGAAGCGGUGCCUAAGGUGUCCCUCCACUUGGAUCUUCUGGCGCAGAUCCGAUCGUUGGACGAGCCGGCCCAGAUGAAAGAGCCACCGAUUAAAGAAGUCGUGAUGAAGAGCGAGCCGAGUGUGGAGGACGCGGCCCACAGUGAGCAACGGGACCGGCAGCUCCAGGAGAUACUGGCCGAAUUGAUCGGGAUUAGAAAGGAGCGAGACGAGCUGGAGGAGGAGAUCCGACGUAAUAAUUUGCUGCUCGCGGAGGAGCGGGCGAGUCGGGAGUUCGCCGAACAGAAGCUCGAGUCGGUAAUGUGCGAUCUGACGGAGCUUAAGGAGACACUUCAGCAGCGCGACCGAGACACUCGGGGCUAUUUCCUUAUGAGCCAGAAGUCCAUGGACGAGAUAAGCUACACGUUCGGUAGGCUAAUGCGCAUGCUCGAGGCGACGUCUAGGAGGGCCGAGGACAGUCUCGAGGCCCUCGACCAGGAGGAGGACAACGUCGCGAGGGACGACAUCAGGCGCAGGUUCGCCCUCAUAAUUCGCAAGACCAAGUCGGAGAAUCUGAAGAAAGGAUACUUUGUUGACGAACACGCGGUGCUGUCGAGGCUGCAGAUGACGGCGAGAUACGGGAGAUCGGAGAGCAACAUUUGCACGACGAUCGAGCCUUUGGGGCCGAUGAUGCGGAUGGAGCGGCACAUCGGGGACACGACCGAGACGAUCAGGCUACCCGAGCUGAUGGCAAAUUAUCAAGGACAGCAAUUGAGUCACGCGCGAAUCGCGGGAAAUAGCAAAGAGCUGUCGGGCGAAAGGGCCAGAGCCAUUUUCGCGAGUAUUAUCCAGGGCGGCUCUCCCAUAAGCUUAAACGCCCACAUGUGAGAGGCGAUCAUAAAGCGGACGACGCGUCCUUCGACAAUCUAACCCAUAUGCCAAAUGAACGUGAUUUGGCUGACAAUUUUGUUUCUGUUUUUGUUUCUGAUUUGUUGCUUUCGAAGUACCUCGGCCUUUCGUGGAGGAUGGAAAAUUAUCUCAAAGGGCGG